UUGCUGACAGGAGUCACCGCCUGGCAGGAUGAUUGACAGGUGUUAGCCCCGCCCCCACCUCCCCCCACCCCGACUCAGCUCGCAGGGAAGCGGCGGCCCCUGGAUUGUCAAUCACGCGGAGGGGAGCGCGAGCCUGUCACCGGGGAGACGGGCAGCGGAGCUGUCAACGCUGCCCCGGACUCUGUCGCGCUGCUGCUUUCAAUGUUCCAUGUCUGCAACUCAGACAUAUCCCUGUCAUGGAUUGGUGGAGAUAAGAUCAGAGGCGCUGAAAUGUAAAUGCUGCGGCUUUUUUGGUACAUGUUGUUUUCUGGUGUUGGCGAGCUGAGAAGGUUUCGGUUGGUGGCAGCAGUUCCGUACACAGGAGGGACUGUCACUUACUAUUGUAGCGGGAGGUUUGCAACACAUUUUGGAUCUUGUUUUUUUUACCAAAAUCAAUAUUAUGCCAUGCACAAUCCAGGCAAUCGGGAUUUAAAGAGUUGAAAGUAUACCUUUUUAAGAGGGUUUUUAUUUUUUUGUGUAAGUUGUUUUAAUUUUUUAUAUAAUAAGAAAGAGAAAGCCAUGGCGGAAGGAAAGGCGGAACGUGGUGUCCCGUCUCUGGUGCCUUCAUGUUCUGCUUCGCCCUCCUUGGCCAAAAAGGAGGGAAUUGAAGCAGUCUCAAACGGGGACUGUGUGGGAGAGGAGCCGGUUGUUGCAGCGGGGGGAGUCCUGCCAUCCAGCCCCGGAGCUGAGACGUUCACACCUUCACCAGCAACAGCCUCAUCCCAAGAUGGAAAAGCUGGCAUCCCUCGGAGGAGCAGCAUCAUCAAGGAUGGCACCAGACAACGAAAGGAGAGAAAGAAAACAGUCUCCUUCAGCAGCAUGCCAACCGAAAAGAAGAUCAGCAGUGCCAGUGAUUGUAUCAAUUCAAUGAUUGAAGGCUCUGAACUUAAAAAAAUUCGCUCCAAUUCCAGAGUCUAUCACCGUUAUUUUCUUUUGGAUGCAGACAUGCAAUCCCUUCGAUGGGAUCCUUCGAAGAAAGAGUCAGAUAAAGCAAAAAUUGACAUAACUUCAAUCAAAGAAGUUCGAACGGGAAAAAAUACAGAAAUGUUUCGCACCAAUGCUAUUUAUGAUCAUAUUUCAGAAGACUGUGCAUUUUCAAUAAUUUAUGGAGAAAACUAUGAGUCAUUAGACCUUGUAGCUAAUUCUGCAGAUGUAGCAAAUAUUUGGGUUACAGGCCUACGGUAUCUGAUCUCCUAUGGGAAACACACAUUAGACAUGAUAGAGAGCAGUCACAAUAACAUGCGGACAUCAUGGCUUUCAAGUGUUUUUGCUGCAGCUGAUACAAAAGGUGUAGGACAUAUACCAUUUAACAAAGCUGUACAGCUUGUUAAGAAUCUGAACUCGGGAUUGAAAAAUGCCAAAAUCGAACUGAAGUUCAAAGAAUUGCACAAAGCAAAAGAAAAAGUAGGAACUGAUGUUAUCAAAGAGGAACUUAUUGAAGUUUAUCAUGAGCUUUGCACGAGACCAGAAAUAUAUUUUUUGUUAGUCCAGUUUUCAAGCAAUAAAGAAUUUUUAGAUUCCAAGGACCUGAUGAUGUUUUUGGAAGCUGAGCAGGGAAUGCCACAUGUUACGGAACAAGUGAGCAUGAACAUUAUUCAGAAAUAUGAGCCAUCAAGAGAAGGACAGGAAAGAGGUUGGCUUUCCUUGGAUGGUUUUACCAAGUACCUCAUCUCACCUGAAUGCCAUAUAUUUGAUCCAGAGCACAAGAAGGUCUGUCAGGACAUGACACAACCCGUGUCUCAUUAUUACAUAAAUGCAUCACACAACACCUACUUAAUUGAAGAUCAGUUCCAAGGUCCCUCAGAUAUCACAGGAUAUAUUCGUGCUCUGAAAAUGGGGUGUCGAAGUGUUGAGGUGGAUGCAUGGGAUGGUCCUGACAAUGAACCAGUCAUCUAUACAGGUCAUACUAGGACAUCACAGAUAGUCUUCCGCCAGGUUAUUGACAUAAUUAACAAGUAUGCUUUUGUUGCAUCGGAAUAUCCUUUGAUUUUGUGUUUAGAAAAUCACUGUUCAUUAAAACAGCAGAAGGUGAUGAUCCAACAUAUGAAACAAACAUUUGGAAACAAACUGUACACAAAACCUCCCUCUGUUGAUGACAGUUACCUACCCUCCCCUGAAGUCCUUAAGAAGAAAAUUCUGCUAAAGGCUAAAAAGCUGCCAGCAAAUUUCACAGGCUCUGCAGGUGAUAUUACAGAUGAAGAUGAAGGCGCAGCAAUGGCAAAAAGGGUGUCGAGUGAGAAUACAGACCAACAGAAUGUAGUCUCAAACAGAAAAUUUAAGCUCUGCAAAGAACUCUCAGACAUGGUGAGUCUUUGUAAAUCUGUAAUGUUUAAAGACUUUACAGACUCACUUCAAAAUCAGAAAUUUUGGGAAUUCUGCUCAUUCAAUGAAGUAACUGCCACUAAACUUGCGAACGAAUACCCAAAGGACUUUGUAAAUUAUAAUAAGCGCUUCCUGGCCAGAAUAUUUCCAAAUCCAAUGAGAAUAGAUUCAAGCAACAUGAAUCCUCAGGACUUUUGGAAAUGUGGCUGCCAAGUAGUAGCAAUGAAUUACCAGACGCCUGGUCUAAUGAUGGACCUUAACAUUGGUUGGUUCCGUCAGAAUGGGAAUUGUGGAUACGUGCUUCGUCCUGCCAUCAUGAGAGAAGAAGUUUCUUAUUUCAGUGCCAAUACUAAAGAUUCAGUGCCAGGUGUUUCUCCUCAACUCCUCCACAUCAAAAUCAUAAGUGGCCAAAAUUUUCCAAAGCCAAAAGGCUCGGGUUCUAAAGGUGAUGUUGUAGAUCCUUAUGUGUAUGUUGAGAUCCAUGGAAUCCCUGCAGACUGUGCUGAACAAAGAACUAAAACGGUUAACCAAAAUGGAGAGAAUCCCAUUUUUGAUGAGAGUUUUGAAUUCCAGAUUAACCUCCCUGAGUUGGCAAUGGUGCGAUUCGUGGUUCUAGAUGAUGACUACAUUGGAGAUGAAUUUAUUGCUCAGUAUACGAUUCCUUUUGAAUGCUUACAACCAGGAUACAGACAUGUGACGCUUCAGUCACUGACAGGUGAAACUUUACCAUAUGCCUCAUUAUUCGUACAUGUGGCAAUCACUAACAGGAGAGGUGGAGGGAAACCUCACAAACGUGGCCUUUCUGUGAGAAAAGCUAAAAGGUCAAGAGAGUAUGCUAGCAUGAGAACAAUCUUGAUAAAAUCUAUAGAUGAAAUAUUCAAGACUGUUGUUCAACACUUAAAGGAAGCAACUGAUCUUCGAGAAAAUGUGCAGAAUGCAAUAGUUUCUUUCAAAGAAAUAUGUGGCCUGUCCCCAGUUUCUAAUCUAAUACAGUGCUUUAUGGCAUUGUCGACAUUUCUGAACAAUGAUAAUAUACCUAUUGUCGUAUUGAACCUAAAAGAUGAUUACCCUUCAAUGGAGCCGCAAGGAGUAAUCCCAGAAGUCCUGAAGAAAGUCGUUGCUGCAUAUGAUGUUAUGAUCCAAACAACAAAAACUCUGUUAGAAAAUGGUGAUGGAGUGUGGGAAAAAAUAAUGCAGUGUCAAAGAGCAGCAAUGGAAUUCCAUGAAAAUCUGAACAACAUUGGAGUUAAAGAAGGCCUUAAAGGAAGAAAACUGCAUAAAGCUGUUGAGAAUUUUACUUGGAACAUCACUGUUCUUAAGGGCCAAGCUGAUCUAUUGAAACAUGCUAAAAUUGAAGCAUUGGACAACCUGAAGCAAAUUCAUUAUGCUGCAGUAUCUUGUGGUCUGAACAAACCAGGCACUGGGAAUGCAGAACCGUCCAAGACGAGACGAAGCCUCGAGGCAAUACCUGAAAAAGAAAGUGUCGAUAUUGGAGCUGGAGACCAAGUCGCUCAACCUCACCAGGAUACAACCACUCAAAAAUCUCUCAAAGCUGCCAAAUGAGUACAUCCAGUAUAGAACAUUUGGAUUGCAUUUCAAAGCCUUCUCGGUUGGUUGGUUGGUUUUAGUAUUUUGUAAAUCCUAAGGCACAAUUCUGAAGGCGCAGAAUAAUGUGACAAAUAGAGCAAUGAAUGUAACACUUCUCCAAGUGAAAGUAUACUACUAGUGGUGGAAGUAUGCUGCUUCAAAGAAGUGGUGGACUUGCCAUUAAAUGUUCGUCUGCCAAAUUAAUAUGUAUAUAUGAUGUCACAAAGAAUUAGUUGAAAUGUAACUUUUUUUUCUAGUAAUUUAUGCUGCCAUUUUACAUUCUUUUUGUAAAUGUUAUAUUUCUCUAGAUACUUAAAAUUCAUGUCUUCAUUUGAUUGAAAAAUCGUUAUACAGAAGAAUAUGUAAAGUAUAUAUAAAUACAAUGAGGUGUGUGUUGUUAUGCUACCUAAACAUUGUAAAGCUUGUUGAGCCAUAAAUGGAAACAUGUAUUAUUGAUUGUGGUCACUGAAGUUCAAUGCACUUUAUGAAGACCAUUAAUCAAGGGAAAGCUGGAAAAGUUUUGCUGUGAAAUCUGUUCCUUCAGCGAUAGUUGUGAAUGUCAAAAAAACAUUUGAAGUCCUUGUACCCACCAUCUGGUGACCAAAUAGGCAGCAGCAGCUAAUAGCAGGUCGUUGUAUAUAGUUUCUAUUUUGUGAAGUGCAACUAGAAAAGUUAGGCACAUUAAUUUCCACAAGAAAGGAUUUCUAUGCCAGUAAAGUUGGUAAUACACAGGAUUGCCAGCCACCAUGACCUUGUUUAAUGUACUGAUUCACUGGGAUGGAAGAGGGAAAUUUUUACCUCUGUUUCUCUUCUGGCCCAUAAAUCACCAAAACAGUAGAGUCAACAAAUUAUAAACAACGUUGCCACUGUUGAUGACCCGGAACCAAUUAAACUGGUUUGGUUUGUUCAGAGUGAUGCAGAGAUAAAGUUUACGUUUUUUUCUGAAACAAAGACCAUUUGAAGCCCAUAAGAGUGAGUGGUCUAGUUUGCAAAAACAUCAUAUGUUUUGCCACUGACUUUUCUCAGAUUUCUAAUUUAUAUUUUGAUUUGAUUGAAUCAUAAUUUAUGCUUAUUCUGUUGCUGAAUUUUAAGAAAAUAACUUUUACAAAAUCCACUGUUGUAAUCCAUCAGAAAUGAGCUCGAGCAUGCAAGAAAAUGAUAUAGAUACCGAAAUAGAAACAGUACACAGUGAUCCUAAAUGCCUGAAUCAAAUAUUGUUUCAAACCUUCCUUAGACAUUUGGUUUUACAAAUUCACUGACAUCUGUGUAAAGCAGUUAAGUGUAAAGGGUCGAUGUAACCUUUCCCCAAUACCGCCCCCCUGCUCCUCCCAUAAGCUACCAGAAGUUUUCUGUUCUAACCAAUUAUAGGCUCUUAAACCAUUUUUUGCAGUGAAAGAGAUCAUUUUCCUGUUCUUGCCCCUGUCAUAAAGAUUUGUCUUCAUCUGAUGUACCAGAGAGCAAAGAAUGUGGACUCUAUUAUGUAUAUAGUCGUCUCUGCCCAACCUUUGUUAAGCAUUGAUAGGAAUUUUUUCAUUUAUACUAAAGAGAAUGAAAAGAAAAUCUGUCCUGUGAUGUCAUAUGCUAGGUUUCAAUUUAGUUUCAUUUUCUUGCUUGCCCCUCACAUCUGCAUACUUUCAGUAUUGUAUGGCAAACAGAAUUGUACACAAUUUCCUUGCAUGACAAUACCAGUGCCUUGUACACAUCCAUCGUUUCAUGAGAAUCUCUACUUGAUUCAUCCAUACGUCCUUACCACCUCCCAUUUUAUUUUACAGCUGCACAGAUUGAAUUGUUUCAGUGAAUUAUUCCCCAAAACCCCAUAUUAUUCUAUCGUGUUGUAUUCAAGAUAUUUAGUUUUUGCUUCCACUGUUAAUUUCCCUCUCUAAUUUUAUUAUUUUGUAAUUAUCCACAUUAAAUGUAAUUUGCCAUUUAUCAGCUCAUCUUC